AUGGACGCAUACACAGAGGGACUCAUGUCAUCAGACGAUGACGAUAUAUUCAACUCGGUCUAUGAAGAGGCAAUUAGCAAGCUACUAAUCGCUGAUCAAGAACAAUCUAUUGCUGCUGUAAAGUUGCUGAAGGAGAAUUCUACUAUUGAGGAUGUACUGUUGCAGCAGGCUGGUCCUGCUCCGUCAUCCCAGGGUUCAUGUAGUGACGCUCCGAUUGAUAUCGAGGAUUUGCCUAUUGCAAAAUUCAAAACUCCGUGGCCCUCCAGAAUCUCAGUCACGGAUAUUGCAUACCUCACAUGGUGCGAAUCCCAGACCAUCCUAGAAAAAGUGACCCGCAAACCUCGUCGCCAAACAAAAGCCAUGAGUAUCGGACAAGAGAUCCACAAGACUCUUGAAUUGGAACUCGGGCCGCCUAUUGAAGUCGCCGUUACGACUAAAGAAGAUGUUUGGGGACUGCGAUUUUUGAAUGCAGUGUUUUCUAUAGAUUCGCUUGUUAAUGGUGGUGGACUGGCGAGGGAGAUUCCUGUGCUUGGACGGGUUGGUGACUUUUUGGUGUUUGGAAUUAUUGAUGAGGUUAUCAAACGAGAAUCUGAAGAUGGUAGUUGUACGUGGCAUCUUCGGGAUACCAAGACUCGAAUGAGACGAAGUUUGCCAGGUGAGGUAUCAUCUCGUAUGGGCAAACUCCAAGUCGCAACAUACCGCAAAAUGUUUCUCGAAAUGCCAUCCCUCGACCAAUCCUUUGUCUUCACCAAACUUGGACUCGACCAAACGAAACCAUUAUCACAACCACUUGUCGACCAAUUUAAGCUUCUCGGCCUAGACACCUCAUCGAAUGCCACCUCAUCAUCGUCUGGUAGCAAUGGCAGCAACUGCAGCAGUAGUCCCGUCAGAGCAACCUCAUCAUUCAAAACCGCUCGUACAAUCCAUAAUCAAGUCACACUAAACAAGCUCUUCCCGAUCGUGCAAUCGUAUUUCGAACUCAUACCGACUAUAUCAGAGACGCUCGAGUUGUCAUAUGUGCAUCAGAAGAGUAAGGAGGUUAUUGAUGUUGUGAGGUUUGUGUAUGAUGGAGGCGUUUUGGAUGGGGUGUUGGAACAGGCUAGGUCCUUGUUCAAUGGGGAGCGGGUCGCUGAUGGGGUUAGUGUUGAGGAGGCGUACAAGUGUCAGAGUUGUGAUUAUGUAAGCUAUGUUGGUGUGAUGCUGAUUCUCGGCCAUUGGGUUACUGUUUUUUUGGCUCUGGACUGA